AUGUCAUUGUCUUCCGCGUAUAUCGCAAGUUCGAAUUUCACUCUCAACUCCACACUCGUACCAUCGGUAGAAUACGAUUACGAGUACAAUUGGAACGAAACAUGUCAAGAUUUCAAGCAGCCGAUCAUAGAGACCUUCAUAUGGACUUUACUUUUUGGCGCAAUGAUUAUAACCGCUGCGGUGGGAAACUGCAUUGUUAUGUGGAUCGUCCUCGCCCAUCGCCGUAUGAGAACAGUGACUAACUAUUUCAUCAUUAAUUUAGCCCUCGCCGAUGCCUUAAACGCGAUUUUUAAUAUCUCGUUCACUUUCACCUACGUCCUCCGAAACGAUUGGUAUUUUGGGAAUGCUUAUUGCAAGAUCGUACGAUUUAUCUCACCAUUAACAGUAGCUUCAAGUAUAUUCACUCUGAUGGCUAUAAGUAUAGACAGAUAUAUCGCGAUAGUUCACCCCAUGAGACCGAGGAUGUCUAAGAUCCUCGCCAAAACGAUCAUCGCCGUUGUGUGGAUUGCGUCAGCCGCAAUCGCCCUCCCUUGGCUUAUAUUUACUAAUAUCGAUUUUGGUGCAUGUCCUCCUCCUGCGAUAACUGACACGCCCAUCUAUGUACGAAGAGUAUGUGCUACAAUAUGGCCCGACCAGGAAAAUUAUGGAGAUUGGUACUUCUGGUACAGCUUCAGUUUCAUGGUGGCCACGUACUUCCUACCAUUGAUUGCUCAAGGCGUGUCUUAUAGCUUCGUUGGCAUCAAGCUAUGGGGCAGCCAGGCUCCUGGGGAGAUAUCAAACAGACACAGAGAGCAGUUAAAGGCAAAACGAAAGGUUGUGAAAAUGAUGAUUAUAGUCGUUGUUAUCUUUGCAAUCUGCUGGCUUCCGGUUCAUAUCUACUUCUUACUGGGACGAAGCUACAGCGAUGUAUUGUACAGUCAUCCUAAUGCCCGUGAGAUUUACAUGGCUGUGUUUUGGUUGGGCAUGAGCAAUUCAAUGUACAAUCCGUUUAUAUACUGUUGGCUGAACGAUAGAUUCCGGCGCGGCUUCAGGAAGGCCCUUCGGUGGCUGCCGUGUUUCAAAUGGACGCAAGGUGAACGGGUCGAUUCUCAACGACCAACAACUCUGAGCGGCACGUAUAGCACCAGUCAGGGGAUGAAGUUGAUGAGGAACGGAUCAGACAUGACAACAACGGUCGACGAAUCCAUGUUGGAGAACACACUUUGA